AUGUUUAGCAAAUUUGGAAAAGUAAGCAAUGAAAGAUUUUACAUUCUUAAAUACAAAGAUGAGAUUGUGUCAGGAAAAACAAGAAAAAUAUCUCCUAAGCACUCUCCCAUUCAUUUCAGGAAAAAGCAACUGUCCCCAGAAAAUAUAAUGAAGCUGAUUAGUACACAAACAGCAAGAGAAAAUUCAUCAUCUCCAUCUCCUCGAAGAAGCUAUGCAUUUCUCUCUCAAACUCGUCAAGAUUUCUAUAAAUCAACUUCGCUUAGAAGUUCUGCCCCACCUUGCGGGCAUUACAACUUAAAAUAUGAUUUAGUUGAAAAAUCACAACGGCAAGUUAAUUUUGGCGAGAGGCCUAGGACGUCGUCUAAAAUUCCUAAGACAAUGAAAGAAGAAAGCCUUAACUCAUCAAUGGACAGCCAAACUAAGCAUAUUCAGACACCAAUCUUGUUUGAAAAGCAAAUAGCAAGAGCUGAUUUUACGAAGCUAACAACAGAUGUUAAUGAAAAAAGGUUUGAACUAUUCGAUAGCAUGCCAGAACAAAGCAGCAAAUAUAAAAGAUCAACAACACCAAAUAUAUCUAAAUCUAGACCUAGAGAAUAUGAGUACUUAAAGCUUGCUGAAUACUCCCCAGACUAUCAACCGAAUUACAAAUUAGUUACAAAAAGCCCAGGCCAGGCUGUGAAAUUCGAGAAUUAUAUUCCUCAUAAGCCAAUAUUGCUGAAUCAUCUCACAAGCACUAGAAAUUAUCAUGUAAAGUAUGGGAUGGUUGAAAAGCGAGUAAAUUCUCCAAACUUUAAUCUUAUGGUAUCCAGGCCUGAUAGCACAUCUCCUUUGCCUUUAUUUAUGCAGCAGAUUAGUUCAAGAGUUGGAUUGAAUGUGCUGAAUGAAAAAAUGCUUUUAAUGAAUUCAACAAUUGGCCCAUCUCAGUUCUCAAGUCCUAGCAGAUCUCCAAACUUAAGUGUUAAUCUUUAA